UAGCCGCUCGUUUCCUAUGGAAUAGUUCAGAUAUUGGCGGUGUAUUUGAGAGGUCGGACUCGCGAGACGAGAAUAGCACCUAAUACAUCAAGUAGUCAGUUAGCUACGAAACGAUUCACUAGUGUUUUUGCUUGCCAGUUUGCUUGAUUUUAUUUAUAGCUGUCAACAUGAAAUGUUAAAAGAAGUUUACAUUUGAUCGAAAAAUGAGUGAUGGCAUCUCAGGAAAAGACGAAAACUAAUGUCGUUGGAGAAAUUCUUGUAGCAUGGCAGAAGUAUACAGCUAGCGCGCCCGAUGAACUUAAUCUACAAGAAGGAGAUGUCGUCGAACUAUUGGACAUAAACGAUCCGAACCCAAGCAAGCGUUUGAAACUCGAUCCGGAACUCGAUAGCGUUACCGUGGAAAAUGUACUCGAUAACACAGCUGCAAAACACAAGCUUGCCGUCAAGCCUAGAAGGACCCAUACCAGCUCUAGACAUUCCCCCACUAGAUUAAAUAUAAAUCAAAGAUGGCUAGUGAAACAAGUUAAUGGUAGUAAAAAGCAAGGAUGGGUCCCAUGCAGGUGUUUGCAAACCGCCGACGAUCCGACCAUGAGCUCGACUGGAUUACCAGGAGAUGCCGAAUUUAGAAGACAAGCCGUUGUAAAGGAGCUGAUAGAAACAGAAGUCGAAUUCGUUCGGGACCUCGACAUGGUAGUUCAACGAUAUCUUAUUCCCUCGGAAUCUGGGAAAGUACCAAAAAUUAUCAAAGACAAUUUUGACAUCAUUUUCGGCAAUCUGAAAGAAAUCGCCGAAUUUCACAGGACCGUGUUAAUAGAAGGAGUGAAAUUCAAUGCGAAAAAUCCAGUUCUGAUUGGAAAAACAUUCUUAAGAUUAGAACGAGAUUUCGAUAAACACGUCGCUUACUGUCGAGACGAACCCACUGCACAGGAAUUUUUGGAUACUUGCGAUCGAGCUUUCGAUUAUUUUCAUGACCUAUCGCAACGCUUUGGUGACGAUAAAAGUAUCGCCGAACAUUUGAAAUUACCGAUACAACGUAUCAACGACUACCAACUUUUGUUAAAGGAGUUGGUAAGGUAUAGCGCUUGCCUUGGCGAAAACCACGCCGAUCUUCAAAAGGCUCUAGAUUUGAUGCUAAGUGUCCCCCAUCGAGCGCAAGACGAUAAAUUCAUCUCUAGCAUCGAAGGGUACAAAGGUAGCAUCCAUAAGUUAGGAAGGCUUCUUGCUCACGACAGGUUCAGCGUCACAUUCGAAGACGUUACCAAAGAACGUUAUCUGUUCUUGUUUAAAGCGCGUGUAUUAGUCAGCAAAGUAAGGAGAAUAUCCGAAGAUAGAUCCAUAUUUCAAGUUAAGGAUACGAUAAGGCUUUCACAAGUAACAGUUAAAGACCAUCCCGAAGACAAAUACGUGUUCGAACUUAUCGAUAGAGUCGGUGGACAAACGCUCGUAUUAAAAUUACAUCGAGACAUUAAAGAAUUUUGGUUGAAAGAAAUCAGAGAAUUUUCGAAAAAUCACGGUGAAAGUGAAGAAUCAGGUAGCGACGAACAAAAAUCACCUAAAGAAGAACAGAACAAGAAAGGAAAACAGGCUGAGUCUAAAGCAAAAAAACCUGGAACUGAAGAGAGUAAAGAACCUGCUCGUAAAUCAUCAAUUCCCAGAAGAAAAGAUUCUAAAGGUGCCAAUCAAAAGCUACAGGAGAGUACCGUACUUGUUAAGGAAACAACACGAGAAAAUAAGGAAGUUGUUCGAAAAAGUUCGAUUACUAGAAAAUAUUCGAAAGAAACCAACGAACAAAUAAAAUCUGUAGUAACAGUUGAAGCUCAAGAGAAAGGAAUUAAAGAAACAGCAGUUGUCAACAAAGGAACUAGUGAAGAAAAUGGUAAAAUAUCACAAACUGCAGUAGUAGUUAAACAAAAAGAAGAUACAGAAAAAACUAAACUAUCACAAUCUGCAGCAGUAGUUAAACAAAAAGAAGAUACAGAAAAAACUAAACUAUCACAAACAGCAGUAGUAGUUAAACAAAAAGUAGGUUCAGAAAAGACAUCGGUUGAACUUCAAGAGAAAAAGGUAGUUGAGGAAAUAAAAGAAAUAAAAGAAAAACGUGAAGUAGCAGGAGAAGCUAAACUCAUCAGUAAAGAAGCAGAGAAAACUGACAAAUCAAUAGUAAAUCCAUCCCUCAAAACCACCCUCCAAGAUAAUCUUAUUUCCGAACUUAAAGAGAAGCAAGUUAAAAAAACACCUCAAUCGUCACUUCCGGAAGUUUCUGUAACAGCCGAAACUACAUCAACUACAACUACCACUGAUUACAUCAAAUCAGAAAGUGAAACUCUUAAGCAAGUUACUACUCCAGAAUCCGAAGCCGAAGAUCACCACCUCAGAAAAAUACAAGCGGUAGAACCGCUGAUUGAGCUUCACAAACCAAGAGUACUUGAAGAAGUUAUUCCAUACGUAAUCAAACCGCCUCCAGAAUUAACACCUGGUAGUGCUGUUGACAAAUUAUUAAGUGUAGAGAAAGCGGGCGUUAGUGACAUUAUCUUAACCGAUUUCAAAGUAGGAGUUGAAUUCAAUGUCGAAGUAGGAGACGAAAUGAGCAGAAGGUAUACUUCAUCAGCUCGUUCAGAAGGUGGUUACGAAUCCUCAUACACCAGAAGAUCGGAGCUCGGGUCCUAUUCCACCGAUGGCGGUUCGUCGUCUAAGUACGGUUCGGACUACAGUUCGAGCAAAUACGGAGCAGAUUUAACUUCGAAAUAUGGGGAUUCGUCCAUGUUGACUUCCAGUUACAGCUCGAGGCGAACGGGGGACUUGGACAACGAUUACAGUUCGACCAGAAAGUCGAGAAUCGCUGCCGAUAGCGACGAUGGAAGUAGCUACAGCUAUUCGCGGAGGAUCGCCAAAACGGGAGACGAAGACGCUGGGGAUGCGUACAGCUCGUAUUCCAGGAAAACUGCUCGAUCUAUUGCAAGAACGGAAGGUACAGGAGACGAUGAUGGCUACAGUUUUUCGAGACGUAGCAUCAAAAGUCGAACAGAAGGCGUGGGAGAUGGUGACACAUAUUCGUUUAGAAGAUCUGUAAAAUCAUCCGUGGAAGGGACAGGUUUGGAACCAUCAGAAACUACGGAUACGUACAGUUACACAUCCAAACGUGGUCUAGGUGCCGAUUUAGGAUCCAAAUAUUCGAAAAGAUCAGUAUCUAUAGAAGAAGAAAAGAGCGACACUGAAGAUUUGCUAUCGAAAUAUUCGAAAAAAUAUUCUUUGGGUAGUAAGUUACCUGAAGAAGAAGAGGAUAAGUAUGCUAAAUACACUAGAAAAUACUCCAGGACGGACUCAUCGACAGAGCGAAAAGCUUAUGAUGAAGAUGACGAUAAGUAUAGCAGGAAAUAUUCGCGCACUACCUCUAGGGAUAAAAAGUCGAACAACGAAGAAGAAGAGGAUGCUUACGAAAAAUAUGCUAGAAAAUAUUUAAGGAAAGAUUCCACCAAUGACGAACAAAGUAGCGAAAGACGAUCCAAAAAAUACGGUGAAAUUGAUGACGAAGUAUCUUCUUCGGUCAAAAUUUCUAGUGAGUCGACUAUCAAACAAGAAGGCAGUGCCAUCGAAGCCGUUUCAACUAGAGAACUGAAAUCUGAAUCGUACGCUAAAAAAUCUGUAGAAAGUUCCCAAUCGGAAUCAAGAUCAGCAGUGACUAUUCAGUCAUCUUCGGAAGCAGCUGUUGAAAAAUCAAUAGAAAGCGCUUCUAAAGCCGCAACUGAAACUGCAUCUGAAGCUGCUUCUUCAGAGUCUUCCUCUAGAAGAACAAUCAAAACUGCUACGGAAACUGAGGAGAAGAAAGCAAAGAAAGAAGAGGAAGUAAGCAUGUCAGAAUCUCGUAAAGUCAAGAAAGAAGAAAUUCGCGAAACCCUUUCUGCUGAUGAGAGAAAUGUAAGGGAGAAAUCGGCCGAAGAAAAGCUGGAAGAAUUGGACGGACGACCCAAAUUUAUAAAGACCAUCCACGGAGCAAGCAUUGAACUGACGACAGAAGAAACAAUUUCCAAAUCUAAUGUAGACAAACCAGAGUUCGUAAUAUCAAUGAAGGACGCAGAAUUAUUAGAAGACACCUAUCUUCGGUUUAUGGUGAAAGUGAUAGGUGAACCACAUCCAGACGUCGCAUUCUUCAGAGAAGGUAAAAAGAUACCGGAAAAUUCCGAGAAAUAUCAAAUUAUCAAGGAACACGCCGAAAAAGGUUUCUACGAACUGGUUAUACCUGUUGUUAAAAAAUCCGACGCGGGAUCAUACAAAUGUGUAGCCACAAACAAACAUGGUGAAACAGCUUCAGAGGCUAACCUCACAGUAACCGACAACAAGCGAAUAUUCGAAGAAAUGCCUGAAGGAGAAAUCCUUCCACCAGGCGAGAAGCCAGUAUUCCACUGGAAGAAAGACGGCAUCCCCUUCGAUCCGGACGAACGUUUCAAAGUUCUGAUGGGCGACGAUGAGGAUUCCUUGGCUCUAGUCUUUCAAAAAGUCAGACCAGACGACGUGGGGUUGUACACUUGCGUUGCUCAAACUUCCAGGGGCCACAUCAGCUGCAGCGCCGAGCUGACUGUGCACGGUACGGUGAACCAAUUGUUCAGGGAACCGGAGAAACCGAAGCUCACCGUUAUUAAGAAAGAUCCCAUCGUGAAUGUCGGUGGAUCCGCAAUGUUGGAAUUGCAAGUCAAAGGCUAUCCCAAGCCGAAUAUUAAAUUCCAGCACGAAGGAAAGACCAUCGAAGCGAGUAAAAAACAUAAGAUUCUCUACGAGGACGAAGAGACCGUUUCUCUUGUUAUUAAAGAUGUUCAAUCCAGUGAUGCUGGAAAGUAUACAUUCAUUGCUGAGAAUGAAUUGGGUAUCGAUACAGCUGAUAUGAACCUAACUGUUAAAGCUGCUCCAAAAAUUAAAACUAAAAUGGAAGAUAUUUCCGUCCAUGCCGAUAUCCUGUUAAAAAUGGAAGUGGAGGUCGAGGGUAUUCCUAAACCUACAGUACAAUUUUACAAAGAUGGUAAAGUAAUUAAGCAAACGGAAAACAUAAAAAUUAUCGAAUCUGGUGAAAAACACACCCUUCAAAUCGAAAAAACAUCGCUGAAAGAUUCAGGUUCCUAUUCGGUUGUUGCGACAAACGAACUGGCUCAAGUAUCCCAAUUCUGGAAUUUGGAUGUAUAUUCUAAACCGAAAGUGACCCAAAAAAUGGGAUCAGAGAAAAUAAUAUCGCAAGGUCAGAACCUGGAACUCAAAGUGAAAGUCGAAUCCGAGCCGAAAUCAGAAGUAAAAUGGUUUAAAGACGAAGAGGAAAUCCAAUCAAACGAGCACUACACUGUCAAAGAGGACAAUGAUUCUUACACACUGAAAAUAACAGGUGCUGUAACUACAGAUGCUGCUCGCUACAAAUGCAGAGCUUUAAACAUACACGGUACAGUCGAUGAUGAAGUCACGGUCAAUGUCAAGAAACCACCAAAAAUAAUCCAAGGCCUAAGAGAUAUGACAGUCGUUGAACACGACAAAAACGUUACACUGGAUGUAAAACUUGAAGCUUUCCCCAAACCAACAGUAAAAUGGUACCUAGACGAAGUCGAAAUUAAGGAAACCCGCACGGAAUUCACCAGAUUGGAAAUGGACGAUGGAGUGAAGCUCGUUAUUAAAGAAGUCACCAGCGAACUUUCAGGACAAUACACGUGCAAGUUGAGCAACGAAUGCGGCGGAGCCGAAACCAGCGCCAAAUUAACCGUUAAUUGUGCACCUCGCAUCAUAAAGCACCUCAAAGACACCACUGUCGAAGAGGGAGCCACGCUACAUUUGGAAGUCGAAGUGGAAGGCUGUCCGUCCCCGACUGUGAAAUGGUUGAGGAACGGCCGCGAAGUUUCCGCAGACGCUCGUAUCAAAAUUAGCAAGGAUACUCAAAGACAUGAAACUUUCAAUCUGGCCGUUAAUCUCAUCAAAUACGAGGAGCAAGGAGAGUACGAAGUUAUCGUUACCAACUCGCUUGGUACCGUCACCAGUAAAAGCAUUGUUACCGUGCAGAAAGUUACACAUACGGACGCGAUCGAAGAAACCGAAGAAAUACCGAAAGUCGAAGUUCUAGAAAAACCGAGUGUUGCUAAGGAAGCAGAAAUCGAAGAAAAGAUCGAAGAAGAUAUCGAAGAACCGAAGAAACUUGAUGUUAAAGACGUUGAUGAUAAACCUAAAGGGCAUAAACUUGGCAAAAUUGAAAUUUGUGAAGAAAGAGAGUCCGGUGCUGAACCGUUAGUGGAGGAACCGGAAUCGCCUGUUCCGAAAAAACGAGCGAUUGUCGCUGUAGCCGAAGAAGCGGAAAUUGUUGAUGGGGAAGGAACAAAAAAUGUUGAAGAAUACGAAUUACCUAAACCAAAACCUAAGCCUAAGCAUUCAAUUUCUAUCGAAGAAAUUCAAGAGCCAGCUCGUUACAAUGAGGAAGAGCAAACCACUGGAAAAUCUAAUACUCCUAAGGUAGCUUCAGCAGAAACAGCAGAAGUUUGUGAUAUCACAACAGAUUCUAAACCUAAAUCAAUCGAACCCAAAGAAUCUGACAAUUCUAAAAAACUCCAACGAGGAAUAUCAGCAACAAAAGACAAAAUUGAAAUAUUAGAAGCAGACGAAGAUACCAAACCAAAAACUGCUAAAAGUAAAGAAAUCGAUGAAAAACCUAAACUAGCUAAUUUAGCGAAUGUCGAAGAUAUUGAAAUUGUGGAAAAGAAAGAUCUGCCACGGAAGCUAUCAGAGAAAGACCUAAAUAACGAUGACAAAGAAAAUCACAAACGAGGCAAAUCUGCUAUUAUCGAAGAAGCUAGGCUUACGGAAGAAGAUGUUAAAAUUCCUUUAAAAACGGGAGAAAAAUCAAUAAAGAGACAAGAAAGCCAAAAAGGUACACGAGACUAUGACGAAACAGACGAAGUUACCGAAAACUUGCUCAAACGAGCGCAACAGCAAAGAAGCUUGGUGGAGGAUCUAUCCGAAAAACCGGAAGCACAUCAAGAAGAUAUUACUAAUAUAUCAAAUAAAACCCCAGAAGCUGAACCAAUAGUCCUGGCCACUAACAUGAAAGACGGUUCUCGUCCUGAAUCCUUGGACAUCACUUACAUCGUUAAAGGAUUCGCCAAUCCUCCACCCGUAGCUACUUGGACUUUAGAUGGAAAGGAAAUAAAGCCGGAUGGUAACUUGAGAAUGAAAAUUAGCCAAAACGGAGAAGAAUUCAAACUGGAAAUCCAGAAACUUGAUUUAAAGGAUGCCGGUGUUUAUCAAUGUAUACUAAGCAAUCCUGUCGGAAAGAUUGUGCAGCAGGCUGUGCUCGAUGUCACACCUGAAAAGGACUUAAGGCGACCUAAAAUAAAGGAGGGAUUGAAAGAUCAGUCAGUUGUAAAGAAAAAUCAGGUGCAAUUCAAGGCUGUCAUUAUUGGUGAUCCUGUUCCAGAUAUUACAUGGUGCAGAAACGGAAAAGAAAUUACAAACGAAGAAUUUGAAAAGCACAAAAUGGUAUUGGAAUCUCACGACUUUGAAAUUGAAGAUGGUCUAAAGGAAUGCGCUUUUACAUUAACUAUCCCUAGAUGUGAUUCUUCCGUCGAAGGAAAAUACAAAAUCAAGGCGAAGAACAAAUGGGGUUCGGCCGAGAGCAGCGCCGAUUUGAGCAUCGUCAUGCGUCCGGAAAUCGAUGGGCCUUAUGACACAAAAGUAGUGCCUGGAGAAGCGACCGAAUUUACUGUGAUCGUCCAAGCCAAUCCAGAACCGUACGUAGUCUGGACGAAAGACGAUGUGGUCGUUAAAGGAAGCGAUCUAAUUAAAAUCGUGGAGGACAGGGCAAAUAAGACGUACAAAUUGGUGUUUCAUGAUGUUAAAUUAGGCGACGAGGGUUAUUAUAAAGUUACUGCUAAAAACGAAUUGGGAGAAGCCUGUUCGGAAGCACGGCUUAGGACAGUCACCGAACGACCAAAAUUCAUAACCGGCUUAAAUGACGAUCAAAUCGGACAGAAAUCGGAGCUGAUUCUAAUGGUCAGAGCGGACGGUUUACCCAAACCUGAAAUACGUUGGUUUUUAAACGGAAAACCGGUAACAGAGGACGAAAACGUUAAAAUCGAAACAACCACCGAUGCUCAAGUGACCAGCAAAUUGAUCGUAAAGAACUUCGAUGGGGAACAUGAAGGAAUUUAUAAAGCGAUGGCUAUUAACGUUGUCGGAGAAGCGGAAACCACAUCAAGAGUAAUCAUGCAACAAACAGCGCCUUCGUUUGGAAAGAAAUUAGAUAGGAACUUAGAUGUUAGCGAAGGUGAACCGUUAGAACUUAAAGCUAAAAUCUACGGAAGUCCUUCACCAAAGGUAACAUGGUAUAAAGAUGGAGAGCCAAUAUCACCAGACGAUGAAAACAUAACAACCACCAUAUUACCAGACGGCACAGUAAAACUUAACAUAGACAAGUGCAAACCCUCUGACAGUGGAGCUUAUAAACUGGUGGUCAGCAACAGGAAUGGGGACGCAUCUUCUCUUUGCGCUGUCGCUGUAACACCGAAACCGAAGAGACCAAAGUUCCUGAAAUGUUUCAAAGACGCCAAAAUACCAAUCGGCGAAAGUCUACGCUUGGAAGCCAAAGUGGAAGCUUACCCUCCGCCGGAGAUAAAAUGGCUCAAGGACGGCGUACCCGUGAGAGCAUCCUCUAAUAUCCGUUUCGAAAACCACCCUGACGGCCGAGUGGCUCUCGUCGUAGAUAUAAUGAAACCAGAAAACGCCGGGAAUUAUCAGCUUGUUUUAACGAACAAACUGGGCGAAGCGACAGGAGACGCUAAGAUAGAAGUAGAGAAAAAACCAGUGAAGCCGGAAUUCAUCAAGAGGCUCAGCCCGCAAACGGUAGUCGAAGGUUUCCCCGUCAAACUGGAAGUAAAAGCCGAAGGUUUCCCAACUCCUAAAAUCACUUGGAGCAGAAAUGGAGCUGAAGUCAUAUCAGAUAACAAACACAUUAAAAUCAUCGACGAACCAGACGGUUCCAGCGCUCUCUAUCUAGACAGUGCUGAUGUAAUGCGCGACGCUCUCACCUACAGAGCCAUCGCCACCAACGAAGCCGGAGAAGCUGAAACAUCGGCACCAUUGACGGUCAAAGAAGCUUCCAAGCCGGGAGAACCAGAAGAACGGCCGCAAUUCUUGCACGGCCUGAAAGACGUUAUCACAGAUGAAGGCCAACCUUUGGUCAUAGAAGUAGGCUUUACCGGAAACCCCAUACCGAGCGUCGAGUGGACCAAAGAUGGAGUACCUAUCGAACCUUCAGAAAGAGUUUUAAUGACCUGCGAUGGAAGAAGGGUUGGUUUAAAAAUUGAUAAAGCAGUUCCUUCUGAUGCCGGAGUGUACGGAGUCAAAAUUAUCAACGCCUUGGGAGACGACGCCAACCAAUGCAAAGCUACUGUUAGGAAAGUGUUUAUGCCUCCAACGUUUACCCAAAGAUUUACAGAUUUGCAGCAAUUACCAAGCAGAGAUGCCAAACUUCCCUGUCGAGUGAUUGGCGUCCCUCAACCGGACGUGAUUUGGACCAAAGACGGCGAGCCCAUCGGCAAUUCCGAUAAAUAUACGAUUAAAAGAGAUGGUGAUCUCUGUUGUCUGUAUAUUUUCGAUUGCAACGACCAAGACGCUGGUAUAUACAGAGCGACGGCCGUUAACCAAGAGGGUCAAGACGAUUGCACAGCAUCCCUAGAAGUUGUGAAAGAAAUCAAACAAGCAAAGAAAAUUGAACCGCCCGUCUUCUUGAAACGAAUCGGAGACACGGAAUUGUUCAAAGCCAUGACGGCGAAAUUUACAGCUUGUGCUUCAGGCAUACCCGAACCUACAGUGGAGUGGUUCCACAACGACAAAAAAAUAUACCCAUCAAACAGAAUUAAAAUGGACAAAGAUACAGCUGGGCUGCUUAGACUUACGGUAUCAGGUGUCGAUGAAGAUGAUCUUGGAAAAUACACCUGCAAGAUAUCUAACGAACAUGGAAGCGACAUUUGCCAUGCUACUCUGAAAUUUGACGAAGGUCUUGAACAAAAACCGAAACGUCCUAUAACCGAUCAAUACACCGACUUCGAUAAAUACAAAAAAAGCGGUGCACCAAUGCCGAUAUCUGACCCACCGAUUAUUUCUCAAAUGACCGACAGACAUUGCACAUUGUCCUGGAAUCCUUCGAUUCCUUCCGGUCCUAGGGCACCAGUUACCUAUCAACUAGAAAUGUGCGAAUUGCCGCACGGUGAUUGGUUUACAGUCAGAUCUGGAAUCAGAAGUUGCACCUGCGGAGUCAGAAAUUUGGAGCCCUUCAGAGAUUAUAAAUUCAGAGUUAGAGUGGAGAAUAAGUACGGAAUCAGCGAUCCUUCACCAUACGCUAUAACCCAUAGGGAGAAAUUAGAGCCCGACUUGCCCAAAUUCCGACCCUAUUUACCUCCCGAGAUCGAUUUUCGACCGGAGACAUCUCCAUACUUUCCUAAAGAUUUCGAUAUCGAACGACCACCUCACGAUGGUAUGGCUCAGGCGCCGAGGUUCUUACGUCAAGAGCACGAUACCCAGUAUGGAGUUAAAGAUCAGAACACAAAUCUGUUCUGGUUCGUUUAUGGUUACCCCAAACCAAAGAUGACCUACUAUUUUAAUGACGAGCUCAUCGAACCAGGCGGUCGAUUCGAUAUGAGCUACACCAGAAACGGGCAAGCGACGUUAUUUAUCAAUAAGAUGCUCGAAAGAGACGUUGGUUGGUACGAAGCUGUUGCCAGAAACGAGCACGGAGAGGCGAGGCAAAGAGUACGUUUGGAAAUAGCAGAAAUACCUUACUUCACUAGAAGACCGGAAAUCGAGUAUGUUAUGAUUAGAGGCAAAGCCAAAUUCGAAGCUAGAAUCGCUGGUGUGCCAUAUCCAGAAAUCAAAUGGUACAAAGAUUGGAAGCCCCUAGCACCAUCCACUAGAAUCAAAAUCGCUUUCAUUGAACCUGAUAUAACCGUGUUAACAAUUCACGAUGUAAUUCUGAAAGACGAAGGCUUGUACUCAGUAAGUGCCCGUAACGUAGCUGGUUCGACAUCAGCUAGUGCAAUGCUGUACGUAGAGGAAAACGAGCACGAGUAUAAAUUAAGAAACUACUACAACUUGGCUCCGAUUAGACCCAAAAAACGCACCUACACCGAUUUCUACGAUAUCGGAGAUGAAUUGGGCCGCGGAACCCAAGGAAUCACCUCGCACGCCGUGGAAAGACUCAACGGCCGAAACUACGCCGCUAAAGUAAUGUACGGAACAGGAGAUCUGCGUCCUUGGAUGUAUAACGAAUUGGACAUUUUGAAUGAACUUCGUCAUAAAAAACUCAUUUCUCUUCACGAUGCCUACGAAACCGAUGAUUCGUUGGCGUUGAUAUUGGAACUAGCGUCGGGCGGUGAAUUGGUAAAAGAUUACCUAUUAAAAACGGAUUAUUAUCGAGAAAGCGACAUCGCAGGAUUUAUGCGACAGUUGCUCCAGGGCCUGGAUUAUAUGCACGAUAGAGGAUACGCUCACAUGGGCUUAAACCUAGGAGAUCUCCUGCUGUCUCAUCCAGGCGGAGACGAUCUGAAAAUCACAGAUUUCAGUCUAUCGAGACGAAUCCAGCACGGAAGCUUCUACCCUCUAAAGUAUGGUAUGCCCGAGUACGUGAGCCCGGAGGUAAUUAAUGGCGAUGGAAUCGGAUUCGGUCAAGAUAUGUGGAGCGUUGGAAUAAUAACGUACAUCCUUCUAUCGGGAAGAUCGCCGUUCAGAGGCGACAACGACAGAGAAACGCUUACCAACAUUAAAACCGGUAAAUGGACUUUCGACGACGAAUGGUGGUCGAAUAUAAGCGUAGAAGGUAGAGACUUCAUCAGCAGAUUGUUGGUUUACGACGUCGAUGGUAGAAUGGACAUUAGAAGCGCUUUGAGGCAUCCGUGGUUAGAACGAGCUGAUAAAAGAUAUAGUGAUGAAUUCCAAAUUAGAACCACAUACCUCAGCGAUUACUGGAGAUUGUACAGGGAAUGGUACGAUAAUGCUUCGUGUAGAAGAUGGUUCAGGCGAAGGCCUUUGGAAGGAGCUUUCACUCAUCCUUCGAAAAUGGUAUAUCCUCCAGGAGACUACGAUACACCUCGAUCUACACCUGCACCUUUGGACAGGACUCCAAGGACGCGAACGCCAUGGGAAGAUCAAUUACCAACGAGGUCUCCUCUUAAUUACGAAAUCGGUGUUAUUAAAUCAGAGAGCCAUUAUCAAAACGGUCCGGAUACUUACCUCUUGCAAUUAAGGGAUGUUGAUUUUCCUGUUCGUCUUCGUGAGUACAUGAAAGUUGCCGCUAAUCGUGGACCAGGAGCAGGAUAUAUCAUUUCAGAUGAAAAUGGCUACGAUUGGAGGACUCCCAUUAUUCGGGAAAGACGUAGAUUCACCGAUAUAAUGGAUGAAGAAAUCGAUGACGAAAGAAAAGCGCGUAUAAACAGAUAUGGAUCUGUGGAAAGGGAACCUACAACUAGAAGAAUUCGACAUGAAAUCGGAUCUCGUUUGGACGCCUACGUGGAAGCGGAAGCUUUUCUGGAAGCCAAACAAGAUGGACGCCUGCCAUUCUUUAGAGAAAAACCGAAUUUAACAGCGAUGCAAGAGGGAAAAGAUUUGGAACUCGUUUGCUUGGCGGUCGGUGAACCUCAACCAAUCGUACAAUGGUUCAAAAAUGAUUCCAUUGUCGCCGAAUCGCACAGGAUCAAAAUCUUCACGGACGCAGAUGGUAGAUCUCACUUCAAACUAACACCGGCCCUCAACUUCGAUCAAGGCGCCUACAAAGUAGUAGCUCGUAACAAAAUCGGCCAAACGAUUGCAAGAACCCGAAUCGUAUUGGGUCUAGUACCAGACGAACCGGAUAGCCCGGAAGCCAAGCAAGUAUCAGAUACUGAAGUUUUACUCACUUGGAAGCAACCCAGGUUCGAUGGCAACGCCGCAGUAAUAUGCUAUUGCCUCGAAUACAAGGGUGCCGACGAAUUGGACUGGAUAAAGAAAGCUGAUAACAUCGAUCACGAAUUCUAUCUAAUGGGCGGUUUGGAAUCCAACAAAAGCUACAUAUUCAGACUGGCAGCUAAGAAUUCGAUCGGAUGGAGCGAUCCUGGUGUACCUUCAGCUUCUGUUACUACUAAACCAGCAGGUUCACCAAAGAUACAAUUAAGCAAAGCGAUGCUACACUUACAACAAAUGACAGAUAGUGGCAGGGAAGUAGAAGAAGGUGGUGGAGCCCGAUUGAACUACUCAUCAGAAUCAGCACCUGUUGAAUGGGAGGAAUCGAAUGUUCAAGAACAAUACAACUUCAUCUCUGAAAUUUCAAGGGGAAAGUUCUCGGUCGUACUAAAGGCUGUCGAUAAACGUAAUGACGCGGUGGUAAUCGCGAAAAUUCUAGAUUACAAUGAAAAAACCAGGGAAGAUGUUGAUGGUGAAUUCGCGGCGCUCAGAUCACUGCGACACGAGAAAAUUGCUAGUCUAUUAUCGGCAUAUCGAACGAACGGAACAGCCGUUUUAGUUAUGGAAAAGCUGCAAGGUGCCGAUAUUCUUACCUAUUUGGCAAGUCGGCACGAAUAUUCAGAACAAACGGUCGCUUCAAUUAUUUAUCAAGUUUUAGAUGGAAUACAAUACUUGCACUGGCGAGGAUUGUGCCAUUUGGAUCUUCAGCCUGACAACAUUGUCAUGAGCGGAGUGAGAUCAGUUCAAAUCAAACUGGUUGAUUUAGGCUCGGCGCAUAGAGUGACUAAAUUAGGAACGGACGUGCCGGUUGUGGGACACCCAGAUUAUAUUUCUCCAGAGGUUUUGUCACAAGAACCCGCAUUCCCCCAAUCCGACAUAUGGACUGUGGGCGUUUUGACAUACGUAAUGCUUUCUGGAACUGUACCAUUCCGAGGAGAGGACGAAAAUGAGACGCGUCAAAACAUACUAUUUGUUCGUUACAGGUUCGAGAAUCUGUUUCAAGAAGUUACCCAAGAGGCUACCAGAUUCCUCAUGCUUCUAUUCAAGCGUCAUCCAAAUAAACGGCCGUCUCCGGAAGAAUGCCAGGAGAACAGAUGGUUAUUGCCUUCAGAUUUUAUGAUCAAGAAACGCGAAAGGGCGGUGUUCUUAGGCCACAGGAUUAAGGAAUAUUCGGAAGAAUACCACAAGGAAAAAGAGCUGUCUUCACAACAAUCGGCAGGUUCAUCGGGAAUAAAAUUAAUAAGAUCGCAAAGUAUACAAGAGGAAUUACUGACUGCACCUUAGUAACUGUUAUUGUUCUUAUGCAUAUGUUGUAAAAUAAUGUUUAUAUGUUGUUACAUUGUUUCUAUAUUAUUUGAUUUACAAAAUUUUCGUUACACUCGAGUAGUUUUUGAACUAUUCGAUUAUUCAUUAUCUAAAAAAGUUUCGGUCGAGUUAUAAAAAAUUAUGUAAUUGCUACAUUGUUAAAAAUUUUGUUUUUGUUGAUUUACGACUUUAUUUUUUUUUGUUCUACUAAUAAAGUAAUAUAAAUAAAAAUCUAUAUUUUUUAAUGAAUAGUCAUCCAGACUAUCCAAAACUUCUUAGCAAUAGCCGUUUAGUUCUGUUUGAAAAGAAAGUAGGAUUGUCAGAUUAUAAAAAUGUUAUCAAUUACUAAAUAAACUUUAAUAAUACACUCUUAAGACAAGUAUAAAAUGUAAUAUUAACUACUAGCAUUAUCUCUUUCCUUGUUUACAACAGCCUGAAUGUGAUUAGAGAUGAUUUCAAAUGGAUUUUUUUUAAAUGAUUUGUCAUUUAUAGCCCUUUUAAAGAAGUCGAUGUUAUUAAAAUUCUUCUUCUUCCGCUGACUUGCUUUCUCAAUGGCUUUUUUCUUCUUAGUUUUUUCAGAAUCUUCAAAUUUUACUUUUUUCUUAUUCUCCAUUAGAGACUCCAGAGAAGGCAAUGCAUCGUGUAAAGGGUUUGUGUCUCCUAUAAUGGAUAUUUUCUUUCGCUUUUCUUUAAUCUUUUCUUCCUUCUUCAGCUGUUUAGCCGCAUCUACUUUUUUCAUUAAUAAAGAUUUCUUCAGUGUUAAUUUGUCUUUCUUUUUUAUCGGUUUGUUGUCGAUUUGUUUACUUAAUUUAAGAGAUUUAUAUGUAUUACUUUUCUUCUUUACUUCAUCUUUUAAUAAAUCGGGUUUAAGAUUACAUUCUUUGAUUGCAUCUGCUUGAAAAUUAAUUUUAAAUCGUUUUUUUAGUUUCUCUUUAACCUUCACAAUUUUUCCUUUAGUUGC